ACGCUUGAGUCUCCUUAAUCUGGGUAUGUUUUAUUCUUGUUUCCUCAGUAUCCAUACUGUUCUUAUCCUUGCAAGGUCCCUGAACUAACAUCUAUCGUACUUAUAGAGCAGAGCGGGAACAAGUUAUACGUCCCGGUCGAACAGCCAACAACCUCAAUUUCUGCUGCUGCUCCCGCUCCUACCUCUUCCAGUGUUGCUUCGAAUCCAGUUCCCGAUGAGACCAUGCAAUUAGACGAUUCCAAACAUAAAGUAUAUAUCUACAAUAUGGAUGAUGAACUCUCCUCCGAUAGCGAAAGCGAUGACCCGGGCAAGCUUGUCUUCCUACCAGAUAUCGAAAAGCAUCUGCGCGCGAAUCGCAUCCCUCCAUCAGUACUAGCCAACAGCGAGGGAGAACUAGCCGGCAUGCAGGUAGUGCUGUAUAGCGAUCCCAAGUCGUUAACAGUGCCAGAGGACAAAGAUAGCGUGCGCAAGGCCAUCAUCGAGUCGAGAAAUCGCACAAGAGAGCUACAGCGGUUAGAGAGAGAGGGCAAGACGGAGGCUCCAACGAUACAAGACACCACAUUGAAUACUAGUAUUGCCACGAGUACAGACGACGAUCCAGACGCCAUGGACUUGGACUAGAGGAAGGGAAGCAUAUUUGACGCCCCAUACAUACACUUAUAUACCCAAGGCGACUGGAGUUUGGUUACUAUUGAAUUGGAAAAGAGAACCUGACGCUUG